AUGACUUCGCAAUCAGUUAAUGUUGCUGAAACUUACAAACAAAUCACAGAGGCCGAGAAGCAGGCCCUGGCACUUGAGAGAAUGCUCGAUGACUUAGAUACCAAGAUGGAUUCUAUCUUGGAUGAAAUCAAACAAAAUGAUAAAGAGCGAAGAGAACAACUUGACAGAAACUCAUUCUCUCAGGAUGCUCAACCAAGUUCGGACAAGAAUGCCCUAUAA